GAAAGUAGUGAAACGUCACUUCCGUUAUCAAUAUUGUCGUAUGUCAACAUUGAACCAGAUAUACAAAUGGCAAUGAAAAGAGAUCGUCAAACGAAUUGGAGCAUGGACGAGGAGUCGACUUUAGUCGACUUCUGCGUAAAUAAUUACUCGUUUUUGUAUGGGGGACUUGGCCCUACCGUUACAAAGCAAGGGCGCCAUACAAAAUGGGAAGAAUUGCGUGAAGAGAUCAGUGCAGUAGGGCCGGGGAGGACUAUUGAUCAGUUAAAAAAGAAGUGGACGGAUUUAAAGUCUGCAGCAAAGAAGAACGAGAUAAAGCGGAGGCAUUUUGCUGCCGGGACAGGUGGGGGUCCUGCGCCCCAAGAGCCAACUGAUGUAGAGAUGAAGAUCCCGAGUGUAAUCCCCGAGGAAAUGGUAACAGGGGUUGCUGGUGGAGUGGAUGUUUUCGAAGACUCAUGCAAGCCUCAUGCUGUCAAAAAGUAUAGGCCAUCUGAGCCGUCAGGGUCAACUUUCACCGCCAACAGUUCAACGCAUCAUGACAUAAGUAUCAGUGAGGAAGAGGUCAAUGGCAAAGAAGACAGUAACACAGGUUAUUUUGAUAAGUCAACAUUUUUUUAAUAAGUAAUGCUGGG